AUGGGUUUCAUGGAAUCCUACCUGGAGAUCGACCCCGUGACGCUGAACCUCAUCAUCCUGGUGGCGAGCUACGUCAUCCUGCUCCUGGUCUUCCUGGUGUCCUGCAUCCUGUACGACUGCCGGGGGAAGGACCCCAGCAAGGAGUACGCCCCGGACCCGUCCCCGCCGCUCCAGCAGUCCCCCAUCCGCCUGGUGGUGAUGCAGAGCUCGCCCGCCCCGCCCCGCUGGGAGCAGGCCAAAAUGGUGGCCACCUACGAGCCGCCGGCCGGGGACCUUCAGGAGAAGAGGAGCACUCUGGUCUGA